GAAUUCGCGAACCAAUAUGGCGUCCACCGAAGAUUGGCGUAGUCCUGCUUACCGUCAGAAAGUUAUUUUACAGAUUUCGAUAGAGAUUGUUCCACUCUUUGUGUUUAAUGCGCCUUUUCAACUCUUCGCACAUACUUCCGCUUGUAGCGAAGAAGCAGUAAAAAGAUCUGGGAAUCCCAAUAUGAUGAUGAGUAACCCCAGCGACAUGGAAAAUCAAUUGUUUCUGAAGGCCGAAACAAGGGCUAAUUACCUUUUAUAUGUUGCUCAUGUUUUGGUUUAUAUUCGAGACAAACGAGUUGAUAUGUCUGUAGAAGACCUGAUGAACAACCGAGCAUAGAUGAAAAGACUCACUUGUACAAACAAAUAGAUGGACUAAAUAAUAUUAAAACAUUAAAAUCAUAAAUAACAUUAAAACUUUUUUCUUGUUUGCCAUAAAUAAUGACAUUUUAUUGUCUGUCUGGUGGGGUUUCAUUUUCCAGUUAAGUUUUAAUAAUUGUUUGAGAGUUGUAAGCUCUGUGUUUUUGUCAAGCUAGGAUUGAAAAGGAACUCAGGAACUCUGACCUGCUGCAAGAGUUGUGUAAUGGAAAGCAUCUAAAUGAUGCUUGUGAUAUGCUUAUACCUAGUUAUUCCCAGGCUCAGAUAUAUUAAUUUUUUAUUUAUUUGUUUUAUUUUAACUUAUGGAUUGAUCAGGUUAAUCAAGAGGAUUAGAAACCCAGGAUUAACUUUCAAACUGUGCCAAAACUUAACAUUCUUGAUCAUUUUCUGGCCUUUUUGUUUUGGUGGGGGGAUCAUUGAGUCCAGAUGAAAGUUAUUACAGGUCAGAUGUCUUAAUUAAACUAUCUUAUUGGGAAGUGCCUUAGCCUUGUCCAAAAUAAAAAAUCGUAUUUAAAAGUGAACCACUCUGCACUCUCCAGCGCACUCGCUGAAGCGGCAUUACUCUGAAACAAAUUUUCACCACAAGGUAAAAUCUUCAGUAAUUUGGGAUAUGCAGUUGUACAGAGCGAGCUUGCAAGAAGGUCUUCCAUGAAUGGAUUUUUUGUUGCCACACUGAAAAGUACUGAAGCCCAUUAAUAUAGUCUUUGAUGACAUUUGACCUGAAUGACUUUAAAUCGCUUUCUUUGCUGGAGAUUUUCGACAGCUACAGCUUACCAGACAUUGAAGUACAAGUGUACAUGUGUCAUGUGUUGCGCUAUUUCAUGACCCAUGACGUAAUUAAAUUGAAGGGAUUUCCAAGUUUACUAGAUGUGAUGCUGUUUUUCCAGCCUAAGUACAAAUUUACGUUUUCUUGUGUCCAAAAUUUUCCUUUAAGCAUUGUUGGAUAUUAAAUGGAAAUUUCAAAACUU